AACUUACAAAAUGAAGUGCAAACCCUCCACGUUCUCUCUUCAUUCUUUAUCUACUCUCUCUCUCUCUCUCUCUCUCUCUCUCUCUCUCUCUCUCUCUCUAGCCAUGGCUGUGCAAGCGUGGGAGACCUUGAAGGAGGAGAUCGUCACCUACACUGGGCUAUCUCCAGCCACCUUCUUCACCGUCCUCGCGCUCUUUCUCGCCGUUUACUACGUCGUUUCGGGUCUCUUUGGCUCUCCCGACGACCACCACCGCCGCCACCGCUCCGUCGAGGACGAGGAGGAGAUGCCGCCUCUCCGCCCGCCGGUUCAGCUCGGCGAGAUCACGGCCGAGGAACUCAAAGCCUACGACGGCUCCGAUCUCGAGAAGCCCUUACUCAUGGCCAUCAAGGGCCAGAUCUAUGAUGUCUCCCAGAGCAGGAUGUUUUAUGGACCUGGUGGACCAUAUGCCCUAUUUGCAGGCAAGGAUGCUAGCAGAGCUUUAGCGAAGAUGUCUUUUGAAGAGAAAGAUCUGACGGGGGAUAUUUCUGGACUUGGCCCAUUUGAGCUUGACGCCUUACAAGACUGGGAAUAUAAGUUUAUGAGCAAGUAUGUAAAGGUUGGAACUGUUAAAAGUGAAGUUCCAGUAACUGAACCAGAGUCCACCAGUGAACCAUCAGAAUCUACUUCCCGUGAUAUUGAUGCUGCUAAGCCUACUGAAGAUGCCAAAUCAGAACAUGUAGCUGUUAAAAGUGAUGAAACCCCUUCAAAUGUUGAAGCAGAUAAAGAGUAAUGCCCGAGUUGUCCCACAAGUACCCCUGCAGAAAAUGGAGAGAGAAAAAACUUCAUAGUAAAGGCUGAGCAAAUGUAAGUCAAGUUUUCGAAGAUAGAGUAGGCUAUCACUUUUGCACCGGGCCUUUACUUUGAAUUCUUAAUCUCAUAAAUAAUGAAUUGUCAGGGUUAAAUUUAUGCAUGGACCAAAAAAAUUAGGGCAAAUUUAAGUUAGAUCUUCUUUUCAUUUUCAUAUUCCAUAGUAUGUAUAUCAUUUAAAGGCAACAGACCAAUACAUUUGGGGUCAUAUGUUUGGCUUUAGUAAUGAUCUUCUGUUUAUUUGAAUAAUACGUUGUUGUAUGGAAACAAUAAUUGAAGCACAAGCCUUUUGAACAA